CAAUUUUGAGUUACUUUCGUCACCAGGGUAUCAACAAAAUGCUGGAUCGUUCCGUUUGUUUUGUGUCGUCUUUCUGUGUGUACUUUUUGUUCUGUUGCGCGAUCCCGGUUUGGUUAGUGGAAUUGGCGAUGAAAAUCGUGCACGGUUUGCCCAUUGUAAAAUGUCCACCGAAGUAAAGACAACGAACGUCGAGGAAGUACUGCCAAACGAUGAGGAUUUAGGGCGGCGAAAUUGUCGUUGGAGAGAGUUCGUCCAGAAAUACGAGGACGCGACACAAAACCAGUCGGACCACAGCAUGGACAUCGAUACGGCAAUGGGCAUGCUCGAUCAAGACAUGAGCGACGGAAGCUCAGUCAGCGACGUUCUCGAAGCAUCGUCGGAGGAGCAAAGCCCGCCGGAAAACGUAGAAGAGAUUCAGCGGCAGCUAAAGGUGGCGGUACCGUUGCGCAAGCGAGAGUGGGAGGCGAACGGGCUGAAGGAAAUUCUGGACGACAACGAGUUCCGCAUGUUGAGCCACGAGAAGGUAGAGAAUUGGCUGCGAAAUCAUAUGCACAGCAUCACCGGCCACUAUAACGUGCAUUACAAGACGGAGCAGGUAACCACGGUAACGGAGACGCGCAUGGAUGCGGACGCCGAUUCGCUGUAUUCCGUCGACACUGCGCAGUACAUCCGUUCGAACAAGCAGAUUAGCAACAAGCUUAAGGUGACCACGAUGAUCAAACAGUACUCGGUGACGAGCUCCGUGCGCCGGCUCACCAGCCUCGGCGUCAUACUCGACGAGCAGAAAAGUGAUCGGGCAAAUACGCGUCUGUCACUGCCACUGCCCCGAACGCUUACCAAAUCAGACAGUGCAUGUGACGUUAAGAAGCCCUUGCCAGAGUACAACUGUGCUGCGCAACAGCGAAAGGCCGCGGCCGUCAAACGACAACCGCGAGCGAUCUGCCCUUCCGUUACCAACAAACCGGCAGCAAAAGCAACAACAACAACAACAACAGCCACAGGAACAGCGGACCGGCGCGAUCGACGCAAAGUGUUUAAGAAAACGAUUCCACGCAAAGGACCGGGUCCGACGGGUAGUCGUGCAACAGUCGGCUGCAAACCAACGGCAGCAGGAGCCAAGCAGCGGUACGAUCCGGAGCAAAUGUACACCAAAGCGCUGGAGCAGUGCGCACGGCAGAAGAAAGCCAAACCGAUCUCGCAGCGGAAGGUGUCGACGCGGUUCGCCAACCGGAUGCAGUACUCUCUCUCCUCAUCGUCGUCGGAGAGUGACAGCGAUGAGGUGUUUUUCACUCCGAUAGCAGCUCGCGAUCGUCCCACGUCCAGUUCGCGGGCGGCCAAACCGCCCUCCCCAGCAGUCGCUAAUACUCGCACAAACGACACAAAUCCGACCGACGCAAAGCCGACUUCGAGCAAGGCGGUCAAGGAUUCUCCCAACAAAACGGCGUCCCCGACGGAGCGAGAGAUUGUGGGCCCGUUUCAGUCGAUCACGCUCAGCGCUUCCAAGCGGCAGCUGGCCCAGCCGGCAGGACCGGCCGGUACCACACCGCCCAAGAAGUGGGUCGGCCUUCACAAGGACGGUUACUACUACGAGGAAGGGUUGGUCAUCUAUCGGCCGACGACGGUGCGGCCCGAUGCGGACAGCAGCGAGCGCAUUAAUCUGCGCGUCGGUGAUCUCAAUCUGACCGGCGUCACGAAGGAGCGCCAUUUGACCAAGUUCCAAGCGUUCAACUAUUUCGUCCAUCCCAACUCGACCGUGUGCUUCUAUCCGAGCGAUUCGGCCGACACCGAGGAGCAUAGCGACACGACUGACACCGAACACUCGUACGACGAUCCCAUCCAAACGUUCCGGCCGCGCAACACGGAUCGGUUGAAUGUGGUCGAGAUUCGCUACCACAAUCGGCCCAACCCCCGUACUCAACAGAACCGCUAGAAGACUGCUGCUGCAUUCAUUGGUGAAUCUCAUCAUUCCCUUUCUUAUUAUUUGGACCGUACGGAAUUAAUCUACAUCUGAAAUUUAUCCCUUUGACAUGGUCACAACACACACACACACACUGUAGUUUCCAUACCUGUAUCUGUUAGAAUUAGUUUUUUUUUUACAUGAAAUAAAAUAUACCAAUUGCUGUUCCAUGAAGUGAA